CUUGGACCCUGGGUUGUAAAACUUUUAUUUAUUUUCUAAAAGAUGAGCACUAUGGACGAAAUAGAGGAAGAAGCGAAGGCAGCGGCAGAGAAGAUGGUAAUGAAUAUGAUGCAAAGACCAGGACAGCUAGAAAAAGUGGAACAAUACAAGAAGAGAAUCACACAUAAGAAGGCAUCUAUAGAAGCUCAAUUGAAAUCAGCAGUACAGGGUAAAUUAGAUGGAGUAAGUGUUGGGCUAAAACAGCUUCAAGAAUGCUUGGAUGAUGUUCAUCAGAUCAGUCAAAAGAUGGAUGAACUAGAGGAUCUGUUGAAAACAGUGCCUCCUCUAGUGGCAUCUCUUCAGCCAGUUCGAGAAGAAGACUCGAGGCACUCACAGUAUGUUACAGCUAUGGACAGUCUCAAACAUAUAUUUACAGUGCCAGAGAGUGUUGCUAAAACCAAGCAGUGGAUCGGUGAGGGGAAGCUGCUACAUGCUCAUCAGUGCUUGAGUGACUUGGAAAACUCUCGAGACGAUCUACUGUACGAAUUACAUCGACUUCCGAAUCAAUCGUCGCAUGACAAGAUUAUGCUAAAGGCGUAUUUCGAAGAUGUUGAGGUGGUGUCUAAUUUACUUGAGAAACAAAUAAAGCUCAUUUUGGCCAGAACUCUUAAUACCGUUAGAAAGGAACCAACUGUAAUUGUUACUGCGUUACGUAUCAUCGAAAGGGAAGAAAAGAGAGAUCAAAUGGCAGUGCAGCAACAAGAUCAAUCUGGCUUCAUUCCGCCCGGCAGACCUAAGAACUGGCGGAACAAGGCCUUCGAGGUUCUAGAAUGUGCUGUGGCGCAACGAGUAGAGGGCACCAGAGUUGACGAGAGGGAGGACAACAAACUGUGGCUGAUCAGAUACUUGGAGCUGACUAGACAGCUCAUACUAGAGGACUUGCGAGUCGUCAAGACGCUGUGCGUGCCGUGCUUCCCUCCGCACUACGACAUCGUCAACAAAUACGUCAACAUGUACCACACAUGUUUGUCGACUAGUCUUCAAGACGUAGUAAACAACGGUUUAGAGGGUAACGAGUAUGUGACGUUGCUAUCCUGGAUAUUGAACACAUACCCCGGGCCCGAGCUGAUGUCCAGCCCGGAGGUGAACGUUGAUGUGUCAUCCCUGCCACCCCUGCUGAGCAAGGAGACCAUGAAGAAGUUGGAGGAUGAAUAUUUGCAGAAAAUGGAGUCAAACUACAUCGAGUGGAUGGAGAAGACGCUGGAGGCGGAGCGCGCGGAGUGGGGCUCGGAGCGCGCGCCCGAGCUCGAGCCGCACACCAACGCCUUCCACACGCACACACCCGUCAUCGUCUUCCAGAUGAUCGACCAGAACUUGCAGGUCACUGAAACGAUCAGCAAGGAAAUUACAUUUAAAGCGUUGCUACUGAGUAUAGAACAAGUGACUCGCUUUGGAAACAUGUACAGGGAAGGCGUAGCGCAGUUUAAGAAGCAGCACUUCGCGGACCGGUCGCGCGUGGCGUACUUCACGCACCACAUGAUCACAGUCGUCAACAACAGCGCGCAGAUGGCGCGGCUGGCGCGGCAGACGCAGGCGCGCCGCUGGCCGCCCGGACAGCACGACGCCCGCGCCGCCGCCACCAUCGACCGCCUGCAUCAGACCUUCCAGGCGUUGCGAGAUGAAGCUGUAAAGUUCUUAUUGGAGGAGGCGUUUUUGGACUUGGAAGAGCAUUUCGAUGACCUCUUCACCGCCAAGUGGCAAACUUCUAGUGUACCAAUAGACGUCGUCUGUGUCACUCUAGAAGACUACUUUCAAGACUACAACCACCUGCGAGAGAAAAACUUCGAAUAUGUUAUAAACGAGGCUCAAAAUCUAGUAUACAAGAAGUACAUUACGGCAAUGCUGUCCAAGAAAAUCACGUUUAAAACCGUCGAAGAGGCGCAGCAGGCGGCGACCAAGAUCGUGAAAGAAGCCAACCAGAUUAAAUCCUUCUUCAGGAGAAUCGCUUCCAACGCUGAGGGUGUGAAUGUUGACUAUCCGUUUGAAGUCAUCAGCAUGUUGGCUGAGGUGAUUCGCUGCGGUGACGCGGAGAUGAUAUCAUUAGACCUGCACGGUCUUCUGGACAAGUGUCCGGACAUAUCCGACGAGCACCUGGCGCGGCUGCUGGCGCUGCGGGCGGACCUGCCGCGCGCCGCCGCACGCGACACCGUGGCGCACGUACGCGCCUCUCGCCCCGCCCCCCGUCCGCACGCACACGCGUCUCUGUUCGCCGAUAUUACGUUCACCGACCGCCUGCUGCCAUUCACGCUCUGAGCACGUGACGCUCGGGCCCUGAUGCCGGGGGUGCCCGAGCUAUAAAUCCUUCGGACGGUCAAAAAAGAGGUUAUGCAUUUGCGCCGAUGCGCACUCAAACGACUCUCUGUCAUGAAUCCAUAUUUAACGACGGACUGCUGCCUCACUUCACGCUCGGUCACGAUCCUUCGCUAACCGACAAAAAAGGGCUAUGUUCUAUUUGAAGGAUUUUUCUAUGUUACUGUAAUGCACGAGCCUUUCACU